UGUGAAACCAGACAUGUUCUUGGAAUCAAAGUUAACGCCCUCUUAGAGUUCAGGUAUUUUCUGUGCUAUUAUGCUGCUUUUGUCAGAAAGGCUGUUGGGCUUGUCUGUGGCUUAACUGUUAUUCAAAGACGAAGCUAUUUAGGUUGCUUUCUUCCUUAUUUUGUGAGCGGAGCGUCAGAAGAGAAGAACAGACGGGACUUGUUUCUGGAAGGCAAAAUGAGUACACACAACUGUAACACAGUGGAUGAGGAAUUACUGGCUGAUAACAAUGUACUCCCUAUUUUUUACGUCUUUACAUUUGCUGUUGGAUUGAUCCUGAAUGCUUGUGGAUUGAUUUGCUUGGUGAAUAACUGGAAGAAACUUCGGAUUAUUAACAUCUUUUUUCUGAACCUCGGACUAACGAACCUGUUGUUUUUGCUCACUCGCCCCUUUCUGAUUGUGUACUACUUUAAUAAGAUUACAUGGACCUUUGGAGAACCUUUCUGCAAGGUAACAAGAUUCUGCUUUAAACUGAAUUUAUACGGCAGCAUCGGAUUCAUCACCAGUAUCAGUGUGUACCGGUACCUGGCCAUCGUCCAGCCAAUCAGAGUGAUGAGAAAAUUAUCUAAGACUCACUCUGUGGUCAUCUCUGUCCUGGUGUGGAUUCUGGUGAGUGUUGGAAGUCUUUCAGACAUAAUCUACCCCAAACAAUCAGGGAACAACACUGACAAAUGUCUUCCUGCCACUGAUGAAGCACACAUCGAGGGAUACUUUAUAUACAACCUCAUCUGGACAAUCUUUGGAUUCUGCAUCCCUUUCGCCAUCAUUGUGGGCUGCUAUGGACAUGUGGCUCUUGUCAUCCACCGCUCAAAUAUGAUGAAUAAGAACCAUAAGCGAAAAAUCUUAAAACCUUUGGUUGUUUUGUCUCUUCUCUUCUUGCUUUGUUACACCCCUUACCUUGUGUUCAAGAACCUCAGCGUCUAUGCCAAAUAUCUGGGUUUUAAGCACCCACCGUGCCCCUCGUGGUAUGAUGAAGUCUUUACUCUGCGUCAUGUAAGUCGUGGUCUGGUGAGCCUGAACAGUGCUCUCAAUCCUCUGAUUUACAUGUAUUUUAGUGAGGAAAUGAAGGCCCAGUUCAGCCAGCUGCAGCUGCGAUGUAAACAGAUGUUCAGUUGCUGUUCCAAGCUGAAAUCCUGUUCUGUACCACACACUGAGGAUGAAGCUGAAUGUGCUUUAUGACAUGUUCUUUUAAUUGACCAUGUUGAGUGAAAGUUCUGCUCAUUGCGUUUUGUAUUCAUCUAAUUUGUCUUUCCCAUAGAUGCUAGAGAUAAUAAAAAUGCACAUAAUAAUAAAUAUCUUGAGUAAAAACAAAAUGCAAGUUUCAAAUGAUGCUUUCAUGUAUUGAAAGAGAAAGAAACCUUAUCCUGUGUGUAAAAGAUUACUUCUCUAAACAUUUCUUACAUUGUGGCUGCAUUGAAAGGGAUUUAGCAAGAUUUAACUCAGAAUAUGACAAUAAAUACUCUAAUUUCUUUAUUAUAUUUAGUAUUUAGACUUCAAAAGGUCUGUUAUUAUGACAGUAAAAAAAAUAA